AUGCAGAACCCUGCUCAGGACCAUGCGGAUCAGGUGCUCCAUGACCAGCUGCUCGCAGCGCAGCAUAGCAUGCACCGUCCGCAGGGUGGACCGGUCCAGCAGCACCUACAGCCCAACACUGCCAGCCCUCGUGACCAGGCGAACAUCGAUCCUGCCAUCUCUGGUGCUAUGAUGGCUGCUGCUCCUCAGACUCCUACCCAGCCUCAACAGGGCUCGCCAGAUGAUAUUAACCCCAAGAACUACGGCAAGCGCGAGCUGUCAACCUCCAAGCGUGCCGCUCAGAACCGCGCUGCUCAGCGUGCUUUCCGCCAGCGCAAGGAAACUUACAUCCGCAAGCUGGAGGCCGAGAACAAGAGUGUCGAGACUCUCCGUGAGCAGAUUAAGGCUCUGCUGCAUGAGAACUAUGCCCUCCGUGAAUACACCGUCACCAUGCAGGGCCGUCUCAUCGACGCUUCACUCGAUGUUCCCGAGCCCCCACCAGGCAUUGAUCUCAGCCAGUCCCGCCAUGACAUUUCCAUGGCUGCCCCCGCCAUCCCCGAUACUGGAUCUGCUGUUUCUAUUCCCCAGCAGCAGACCCAGCCUCAGCACCAGCACCCUAGCUCAGCCAAUGAUGGCAUGAGCUCCCUGAAUGACAUCGCUGUCGCCGGCCUUGGAAUGCGCAAGCACCCGGACGAGAACGCUUUCAUGGCUGGUAGCUACCAGCACAAUAAGCGUGUCCGCGAUGAAAACCAGCCCGAUGGUUCCGAAGGCAUUUCCAAGCAGGAGGCUCACCAUGGUCUGCCUAUAGCUUAA